AGCACAUGUGACAUUUGACAGGAAGUAAAUAAACCGUCUUCCCGCGCAGUUAAAUCGGUUGAACGCUGAGACAAAAUGGACGAGCUGUAUCUGGACAACAUCGACGAGUUUGUCAACGACCACGACAAGAUAGUGACCUACAAAUGGCUGAGUCUGACUCUGGGAGUUCAUGUCAACACAGCCAAACAGAUGCUCUAUCAUUACUUGGAUCACAAGAGGAAGGAAAGUUCAGCUCAGCUGCACGCCACUUAUCUCGUGUCAGGGAAGUUCGAAGACAAUGGCCAAACGGGUCACAAGGUGUCAGUGGUCAAAGAAGAUCAGUUGGAAGAUUUCAAAUCCAAGAUGAGCUUGGUAGUCAGUGUCCACGUCUACAGCGUCCAGAAAGCUCUACUGAAAGACAGCGGCCCUCUGUACAGCGUCGACUAUGACGCUGUGAAAGACAAUCUGAAGAACUGCACCAAAUUCAGUGCGAUCCGCUGUGCCAGCGCCGUGCCCAUGUCCUCUCUGGAGCUGCAGCAGGCGAGACAGAUCCAUCAAGUUCCUGCACCAGAGCCCGAACACAAAAAACCUGCCAUGAACGGAGAGGCGAACGCUUCCAAACCCUCCACCAAGCCCCAGAAAGGCAUCAUGGGAAUGUUUGCCAGCAAGGCUGCUCCUAAAAACCAGGACAACGUCAAAGACAUUAAGACAGAGCAGAAGGAGGACACACCUGUGGCUGAAGCCCCCAAAAGCAAACCAGCUGCGAAGGCCAAUCCUAUGAUGAACUUCUUCGGGACUCAGACAGCAAAGAAACCAGACAAAACUGAGAAGAAGGAGGAAGCAGCUCAGUCGUCUUCAUCAGCCGAGGUGCAACGCCAGAGUUCACAGCCCGAAGAGAAACGAGAAGCUCCUGCAGUGCAGCCGCCAAAAGACACAAAGAAAGAGGCCAGGAGCAAAAGCAAGCGGGUCGUGGAUUCUGACAGCGAGGAGGAGAAGAUGGAGAAGAAAAAGAGACGAAGGAUUAAGAAGCCUGAACCAGACAGCAGCGAUGAAGAUGUCAUCCCAGAUUCUCCACAGCAGAUGAAAACAAGAGAACUGUCGCCAAGUCCUGAGAAGGAGGUCGAGCCUGUUUCACAUUCACCUUCUCAGGGGAACUCUCAGAAGACGAGGAAGAGGAGACGAGUCCUGAAAGCUCGUACCUUUGUAGAUGACGAAGGAUGCAUCGUGACAGAGAAAUGCUAUGAGAGCGAAUCGUACUCUGAAACAGAAGACGACGUUCAGGCCACCAAACAAGCUUCGAAAGAUCCCGUCCCAGCAAAACGACCAGCAAGUCACAAACCGGACGAGAAGAAAAGCCAGAAGAAAACUUCCGCUAAUGCAAAUAAAGGAAGUAAACAAGCUUCAAUCAUGGGAUUCUUCCAAAAGAAAUGACGGAGAGAAGGGCGGGACACUUUUAUUGGCUCUUACAAACGACGAGCACUGCUGCAAACCUCCUGUGACGGCUCGGACGGGACAGUCGAGGAAUGCAAAUCACUUCUGAACAGGACUUCAACUACAUGAACAAACAUUUAACUUGACAUGACCGUAACCAUUACCUGCUGUGAAUACAUAUCCUACUAAAUAAACGUUAAAAAAGAAA